AUGUUUAAAGAAGCAUAUCUCAAAGCCUACAGUAGUUACAAAAACAAGUUCAACUGCGAAAAUGAAGUACAGAUUUUGUUUCAUGUUAUCUCAAAAUUUCAAAAAGUAUGA